CAAACCAAAACAAAGGCGGCAGUCAGACUGCGGUGACAUUUGAAGUGUUACCGUCUCAUUCCUCAUUUUGUGCACAUUUAAGAGUUUACCACACUGCAAGAGAUCGAUAAAGAGUACCAGGAUAAGCAAGAAGGCAGCAAACUGUGAGGGAUGUAAGACUCAGUUAGCAGAGGUUGGCGAGACUGCCAAGAGGUGCAUGAAUGGUCACCCUUUCCACUAGAUGAUGCCCCCAUCCUCCAAGUAAUGCUCCCAUCCUCCAGAAGGGAUGGCACAAGCAUAGCGUGUAGUGAGGGAUGAUGCACCUCCCACUGCUUUUGGUGCAAGACUCAGUGCUGAAGACCAAGACACCAUGGCCUAAGUUGACCUGGCUUGGUGAGGAUGGAGGGCGAGUGUGCAGUAUCUCACGGCACCUUGUUGGAGAGGUGGACCUGUCAUCUGGGUCCUGCUCCAAGGUGGCCAAACUCACACCAUUCACCAAGACCACUGCUGCCAUCAGUGCUACCUCAGAUGGUGUGUUUGUGUAUGGCAUCUUGAGCUCAGGCGACCUCUUCUUCUGGCACACUGUUACCAACCAGGUGCGGCAGGCAAAGGGGAUUCCUGAGGUGGUUACACACACAACAUUCCCAUCAGAUUCUAAUGUUAUGAGGGAUUUUUUAAAGCAGUUACUACCACAGAACUUUGGUAGCAAUGUUGCUUCAGAUGCAGUGGAACAGACCACCUGUCCUGUGCCUGCACACCACAGACCAAAGAUAUUUGCAUCUCCCAGCUGCUCAAAGGUUGUGGUGGUGCUGAGAGCCUCUCAGAUAUAUGUUUGGGAAAGGUCAUCAGGAUCUCGAGUGGAGGAGAGUCAGUUGUCCCAGCAUGCCCCUGGCAGUUGGUCUGUGGUUCACUGUCCUGGUGAUGUUUCUUUACCCAGCACACACUCAAAAGAAACUCAGAUCUCAUGCUGCUUUAUGUGUAAAGAGAAUUCCGAGGAGUGCCUUAUCACCUUCACCUUUCUGGAGUGUUUGUCUGUGGUGACAAGCACACUGACCCUUAGGUGGCGGGGCUCCAGGUUCCAUCCUCCUGCUGCCCACUGGAACUCAAAGCUUGUGUCUUUUUCUGCUCUUGGUGUACAAGAGAAUGAAUUGCAGCAAGUCAAGGGGAUCCUAAUUUCAAGUUACGCACAUGGACAAAGCAUACUUGCGGUGGCUGUGAAUUCAUGGAAGCAGUAUUCAAAGCUACUGUACAUCCAUCCAUUGUGCAACACUGCUGUGGCAACAAGUAUACAGGAUGUUGUGCCCCACUGCAGAAGUAGCAACAAAUGCAAUGCAAGGUCACAGUGGGUGAGUGACCUGGCAUGGUCCCAUGAUGCCCUGUAUCUUUUUGGUUGCCUGACAUCAGGGGCAUUGUUUGUGGCCACCAGGAUGGGUCCCCUCAUCAAAAUUUCUUGCCAAGGUGAAGGUAUCCAUUUACAAGCAGCAAAUAUUCUUGGGAUGCAACCAAACUCCAUUGUGUUCACUGAAGAGAUGGGUGAGGAGGAAGGAAAUAAGAGUCCUGGAGGGCUACCAAGCAUUACAUUCACCAUUUCGCCCCACCCCAACAAGCACCAGAUUCUUCUCUCCUCUGGCCUUAGAGUCUCUGUGCUUAGCCUUCCAUUGGAUGGCAGGAAGGAAGGAGAAGUGGUGGACUGCCUCCUUGCCUCUGCCACCCACGCCCUCCACCUUCUCUGCAACUCAGCUGUGACUCAUGACUAUGCUUACAUUCGGGACAGCACCUGGAGGCUGGCCCACUCUGUGCUUGACUUGACGCAGGGUCUGGAUAGCACCUCAUCAUCCAACCCUCCCAAUAUCAGCUUGUGGGACAGAAGGGUGGUGGUGGCAGCAGACAAUGCUGGAAGUCAAGAGAGAACUCCAGGUGAUGAUGGGGAACUAAUGCAGAUAGAGCAAGUAAUGAAGCCCCUGAUGGCAGCAUGGGCCCUCAUUGGCUCCCGUAGCGAAGCUCACACGUUGGAGUGGAAGAGGAGGGCAAAUGAAGUCGUGAUGGUGAUGACAAAGCUUAUGGCUACACUGUUGCGUAUCACCACCCAUGAUGAUCAUCUUGAACACCAGCUGCAGGUCCUCCUUGUACUGCAUUUCUACCACCAGUUUGUGAGGGUCCUCUGUUUGUGGCCAGACUCAUUCUACAUGCUGAGGCCCACCUUGCAGCUCACUCAUAGGCUCCUUCACAGUGUGCUAGCUUGUGAGAGGCAUGCAGGAGAGAAGAGCAUGGUGAGCACUCUCCUCAUCCUUUCCCAAACACUGUCCACACUGGAACACUCACUCACUCAGGCAUUUAAACUCAGACCAGCACUCCUCCUGCAAGCUCCAUCCAAGGCUAGAAAAGUUCUUGUUGAUGGAGAUGUUGAAGCUUCAGAUCUUAUAUUGUCUUCUGUUGAUGAUGGAAUGGACCAGCAUGAAAUUAACAGCACUGUGUCUCUUAGAAUGAAGAACAUUUGGCAGUGCUUAUAUGGCAAUGCAAAGAAGGUCUACUCUCAGCUUGCAGGAAAGAAGUUUGAUCAAGAGAGUUAUCAGAAGUCAUUGUUGGUUUUAAACAUUUUACAGGAUAAACUUCAGAGUAUUGGUUGUGAUUUUGACCAGAGAAUUAUGAAACUUGGAAGGUGCCAUCAGUUGUAUCUUGAUGGUUUAUACCUCAAGGCCAUACAAUCCUGGAAGCUGGAGAUCAUUGCAUGCCUGAUAAAGGGCCAUGGUAAGAAAGUAGUAUGCCAAGACCUUCACUCCAUCCUUUAUGCCUCUUUUGUGCAUGAAGGAUCUUUGGGAAUCUCACGCUUUAUAAACUGGCUGGAUGAUUUACUCAGGUCUCUCUUGUGUCCAAAGAAACAUUCUAGUCUUCUAAAUAGUCCACAGAUGUCUGCUACCAAAGAUAAAAGUGAUGAAAUGGAGCUGCCAUUUGAAUACUCUAAAGUAAACCAGAUACCAAAGAUGGAAGGAACAAAUGAGGCUGCUGCUAAAGAAGACAGUGAGGAAAUAAAAGUAUCUUUGAUGAGAAAAUUAUUAUGUAAGGAAGUUAACUGUGACAACAGAGUGCAUACUUUCUCCCCAGUUGAGGAGACAUCUAGUCAGAAACACAUAGAAAUAAGCAGGGUGCCAUGGAUUAUCAGUGCAGCACGCCAAGUUAUGGGAAGUUUGGGGCGCCUUUUGGCCUUGGAGACUCUUGGGUAUUGCCCUGAUGUGCCUCCACCUCACAGGCCACAUGUCAUUCCCCCACUCUGGACCUUCACAACACAGCCCCAAGGAAAAGUUCACCAGCUUCCAACCAAGAGAGGAGCAGCAGUCACUGGGGAGUGGCCUGUGGAUGCUGCAGCUCAGGCUCUGGCACUUGCUGGCUGCUGGGCAGACCUUGCCAUCUUUGCCUCAUGGCUGGAUGAUGCCAAGAUGGCUCUGGUGGCUGGGGUCUUGACCACCUUCGGUGAUAACAGGGUACCAGUACCAAGCACUGUCCUCCCUUUUUAUCAAAUCAAGGCCUUGCUGUGUCAACCCAUCAACUCCACUGUGGCAGAGUUUCACAAUCACCAAGAACUAUUACAGCUAGCAGCAAUGGCCAACCUGGAGGUUCUGCCUGUCAUUCUUGAAGAGUGUUUGGCCAAGAUGAAGGAGCUAAUCCCACUUUUUGAAACCUUUGUGCCUUCCCAGAUACACUUGCCAGCUCCACCUAUGUUCUGUCCUCUUGGCCCACAGGAUGGUGAGGAGCUGCUCUUUCAUGGAGCUCUUGAUAACAGUCAGAGUGAAAGGAGGCUGAGACAGGAGGUAGGUGGUUGGGUGAGACUGACAUGUCAGGUCACAAGUGCAGCUGGCAUUGCCUACCCUCUGCUCCUCUCCCUGCAGCAGAAGUACAGCAAGUUGCCCCUGAUGGGUAGUGAAGAUCUGAGUAACUUGGUGGAGGCACUGGGCUGCCAUCAGGAGUGCUGGCAGCCUCAGGGCCCAGAGUGGGAGAGAAUCACUUGGCUGUGGCACCAGGUGGUCACCCUUGUGUGGGUUCUCUACUCCAGAGACAGAUUAUCCCUGGGGAUUCGCAGUCUUGUGAGGAAUGCAUCAGCUGUCCAACAAAACCAAGAUCUGGAAAUGUGCAUUUUAGAAAUUCUGUCAUGGGUUCAUGAACUGAACACUUUAUGUGAACAUGACUCGUGGAGGACUGAGCUUGUUGCCUGUGCUGUGACUGCUGCCAGUGAGGCUCCUCCAGUCCCUGCUGUUGCUGCUGCCUUGGCCAGGGUCAUGCCUCAGCCAUCACUGAUGCCAUCACUGAUGAAAGACAAAGCAGAGAGGUUGUUUGUCACUUGGAAAAGCACAAGCAUAGCAUUCAGUGAAGUUGAGCCUCACUUUAAAAGAAAAGAGAAUGAGACUGAAGAUAUUUCUUCACCAGAUGUGUUUACAUCAUUAUUUUCUUUUUAUCAAGAUAGAUGUGAAGAAAUUGUUAAACACUUACCAUCAGAAGAGGAGAAAAUGGAAACUUUAAGCUAUAUUAAUAAAUGUCCAACAAAAUUCUCUAAUGGAAUUUCAGUUGCUGCAAGAAUCCAAGAGGAAUUUGAAAAAUUCUUAUUUCUUUUUGUUGAAUUAACGUUCAUGCGUGAUGUUCAGAAAUUUCCUCAGUACAUUUCAUCAGUCCCUCUACUUGUUCAGUUCAGUGACGUGCUGAGGAGAAGAGAGUUUGAGGGAAUAAAACUGAAGAACAAAUUACACCAUGAUGAUACUGGAAGCAUUACCAGCUCUGUUAAACACAAUAUUCUGAAUUCUCCCAGUCUUAAUACAAUGAAUCCUAGAAGUUCUGUAAGCACCUCAGAGAAGAAAGGUCUUUUUAGAAGCAUAGAUUAUUCCAAAAUGUUGCCCAGAGGGAGUGAAACCAUUUUUGUUUCUUCUGGGAAAAGGCAUGUGACAACCACUCCCACAAAUACUCAAUCUGUUAACAUGGUCUUGCAUAAUAUUGGAAAAGAAAAUCUAAUAAAACCAAAGAUGUCAAGUCCAUCAAGGAGGAAGCUGCCCAAUCUCUAUUUGCCAGGAAGAAGGUCACGCUCUUUGUCAAGACAGAAGAAGAGGCCUGUGCCUGUCCCUAGACCCAGGAGUCUUUCUGUUAGUGGUGGGAGAAGGACGCAACAGCAGAGAUCAUCCAGGCAGUAUUCAGAACCUCUGCACUGGAACACAUCUCAGAAGUCUAACAGUAGUAUCAAAGACUUGCUUCUCCAACGGCUCCUACAUCUUCCUCGGUGUCUUGGUUAUAACACAAAGCAGGUAGAGGUUGAUGAGACAAUUAAGUUGCUUCACUGGAUGAUGAGACGAGAAAGACAGUUUGAUUUCUCAGUUGUGGAAAGUGACUCUUAUAUUGUAAGGAGGCUUGCAAGGAAUGUAAAAUUUACUUUAGAUGAUGUGAUGCUUUCUGUCAUGUGGAAUGACUUGCCCAGAUACCUGUCUCACAUGAAAAAUGAGAAAAGUUAUCCUGAAAUAGAAAACAAGAAAUUAAAGAAGAAAAAGAAAAAGGAGAAAGGAAGGCAAAGGACAGAAUCUGUACAUGUGGUUCCAUACAAUAAACAUGUAGCUUCUGAUGACCAUAGUACAGUUAAUCAGGAGGAAAUGCUGCAAGCUAUUUCUUCUGCCGGUUGUCCAACAAGGCAGCAGAAUACUACCCCCAUAAAUACACCCAGUAAAGGUAUGGAAUGCAUAUCUGAAGAAUCUAAUGGCGUUGAAAUAAGGGAUGAACAAUUGUGUGCUGAACUAAAUGCUGAAGGCAUAAGUAAUUCUUACCUCACACAAAUGGAUCAAGAUAAGGAGAUAGAUGAUAAAGAAAAUGUGCAAAAUGACAGCGAGUCUGAAAAUUGCCUCUCUUCUCCUCAUGAUUUGCCUUAUGAAAAAUUAAAGAGCAGUUUGGUUGAUUUAAGUGGUUCAGUUGAUGUUCAGAAUCAUAACAUAGACAGCAUCAUAAAUUCUAGUAAAGAUGGAGAAAGGCAAGACAUGAAAAGAAGCUCCAAAGAAAAUUCAGAUACAACUGCCACUCCGUGUGAAGACCAAGAUCCACACCAACACAAUCACUCACCAGUCAGUCAAGUAACCAGCCUAUCUAAGACCUUCAAGAAAAGGAGGAAAACUUCAGAAACAUUGCCUGUUUCUUUUCAGGCAGUAGAGUUAGAACAGGAAGACACAGAUCCUGACAUCAGAACUACUGACCAAAAUAAUUCAAGAAGUGAGAAUCUCAGCAGUGAUGUCUCGCCUUCUUUUAAAAUUAAUCCCAAGAAUUGGUCAAGAGGACACCAGGUAGAGGUACAUGUGCAUGCCAAAAAGGCCAAGCAGUCAGUCCCCUGCAGAUUGCCCAUCCUUUCUGCUCCCCAUAGAGCAAAUAUGACUGGGGUUGAAGCUCCUGAGGAGUCAUUUGAUCCAGGUGUUAUUCGAUUUGGUCACCUCCUACACCUGUCCCCUGACACACCCUCUGUGAGUAAGAUGUUAGUGCCAGCUGAUGCAUCAGUUGGAAAGAACACUAGACCAACUAAGCCAGAUCAAGGCAUUCCAGAAGACACUCUGGAUGAUAUUACAUUGCCAGACUCUUUGCAUGCCUCUGAUCUAGAGGAACAAAAUGAAUCAAGUGCUUCAAGUCAGAAUAUGCAUGAUAAUAUUAUAAAGAAAAAUAGGUAUAGGUCUGUUAGUGAGAAAUCAAGAGAUAGAGGAACUGGAUUGUAUGUUCCUCUCCGUGUGAAGAAAAGUGUUACUAAUAAUGAUCCUCACCAUUGGGAUUGCAGAGACCUGAAUCUAAAGCCAGUCACAUUACAAGUGAAGUCAGCUCACAAAGCCACUCUUAGAGAUGAAGUGAAUACAUCAAUAAGUGAGAAACAUACGGCACAUAUGAAAGAAAAUAGUAAUGCUAAGAAGAGUUUAAAGUUAUUAACAUUGCCCAAGCUUUCCCCUUUAAAGAAGUGUGAUGAUAAACAAGAGAAAUCUCUCCAACUUAAACUGCUUCCAAUAGAUGAUGGAUUUAAAAAUACUGCAAAAGAAAAGAGAAAAAAUCAAAAUGUAAUUACAAACACAUGGUUGCAUCCUGUGGAGAAAAAAGCAGAACAUAUGAAACCAUUAACUAUUCCUAGGUUUUUUGACUCAGCUCACAAUGAUGACAGAAAGGGAAAUGAUUUGAACUUCAUUAAUCCUCAUCAAGUUUUUGCCUUCUACAGACAGAGUGCUCUCAAAAGACACACAGAAAAAUUCAAGAAACUUCAAGUCUCAAAAAAGUACUUGGUGUCUAGUGAGCAGCCACAUGCUGAACCUCUCAUCAGUAUUGAGAGGAAGGAGAAAAAAAUACCUGGUGAAGUUGCAGAAAAUAUAGACAGAGGAUUCCUGGAUCAAGUUAAAGACUAUGCAGACAAGUAUAGAAAAGGAGGAUAUGAAAAUAUUUUAAGGAAUGAUAAAGAAGUCAAUGAAAAAGAAAUUACAGUAUAUUACAAACCAACAGAUGAUAAAAAAAUGAUUGAUAAAAGUACACAGGAUGACCCCCACUUGACAAAGGAAGACAAACCAGUGGAAAGCAUUCAAAAUCCUUCAGACAUGAGGGAUGCCUUUGGCUCAAAUAAGACACAUUCAUUUGCAUUAAAGGACAAUGUGCUUGAGAGGGAGAAAAAAUGUGAAAAUAGAUCUGUAAAUACUGACCCUUAUGAGAUGAGGCAGAAGACAAUGAAAGCAUCAAGUGUGCAGACUGGAGGACUUGAUGGUGACAGAGCUUCAGCAUUGUCUUCAAAAUCUGCAGUACAGACUCAGACUGCAGCUCUUCAGACAGUGGAUGCAUCUGUGUUGACUGACUCUGCUGUGUUUGGCAAGAGUGAGUCUGUUCAAGUUGGAUCACUGCUUCCCUCACCACCACCACCACCACCCCUUAAAACAAAACAACCAUCACCUCCACCCCAAAGUGCUGUUUUGCCUCCUCAGCCAUCUCCUUCCUACACAGCACCCACUCACAAUUCUCGGCCUCCUUCAGAAACUGGCUCUGCCCACCAUUUUCUGCAUACUUUUGACACUCCAAGUGAGACUGUUAAAGAAGAACUGAAAGACAUGGAGAUGAACAGAACUGCCCUCUCACUAGAUGUGGGUAAGAGUGAUCAGUAUGUAGUUCAUGGUCUUUUUGACAUUGGUGAGAAAAGAAAAGCUGAAGAAUACCCUAAAAUCACAAACAGUGAUUACAAUGAGGAAAGCUCAUUGCAGAAACAAACAGCAGAUCACAUCUUGGAUGGAACUACAAGAAAUGAUGUAAGGGAACACAGACUUCUCAGCCAUACUGCACAAAACCUUUGCAAUGAUAAGAAAUUAUACAAAGCUGCACCUGUUUCUUCGGUAACAAUUACUACAGAUGUGCUUGUUAAAAAUAUGACAAUGGACAAUCUUUAUGAGGAAUUCUGUAGUGGCAGGAUAUCUUUAGAAGAUUUUUAUCUGAUGAGCUCUAACAUUCCAGAAGAUGAAAGGAAAAAAGAAUCAUUACAAAAGAUAGACAACAAGGGAAAUAUUCUGACACUAGAGCAACAAGUUCUUGAGGCAGCACAGAGCAUCAGUGAGUCACAACAUUUGAUGGAAAAAGUCAAAUGUCUCAUCCAGGAACCAGAAGCAGCAGAAACUGAUACACACACCUCACAAAACUGUAAAUCAGAUGAAAAGUUUCUGAAUCAUAGUCAUCGGCACCAGAAUAGCAUGGCUGUGGCCAGAAUUUCGAAAGAUGUCGCAUGGCAAGAAGCUUUAUCUGUAUAUAAAAAUCAUGGAAAAGUGGACUCUCUGCUACGGUUUCUAGAGGCUGCUGACUUUGAGAACGUAACAAGUGCUAUGAUUAAUGAAAUAAUACAGUGUGAAAAUAGCAUCCAGUCAAGUGAAGCUAGGAAAGCAUCAGAACAAAAAGUACAUGAUGACAUUUUAUUAGGACACAAAAAUAUAGAUAAUAUAACUCUGACCAACAACAAGAUACUGCCAAGGAUAAAAGUUAAUAAAAUGUCUGAACACAAGGGUCAUUGUGAGAUGCUACUGAACAGUGUGGAUACAGACACUACAGGCUCAGGUCUGCUGCUAACACAAGACAGAAUGAACCUACUUUCAUCAAGGACUGAGUCACAAGAACUCCAUCUCAGUUCACCAUUUAUCAGGUCACCAGACACCUCCUGUUUUUCGUCUCUUGGCAGUCUGCUUGGAGAAAGCACUUCAUCUCUUGACCACGAAGAAAAGAUACAGAAGAGGAGGAAAGAAAUUCGAGUUUGGAUCAAGAAACAGAGGCAGAAGCGCCAAGAACAAGCAAAGGCAAACCUGUCAGUGACUUUCACUAAACCACGCCUGAUUGCAGACGUGACUCCAGCUACUUCAAGGGAUCAUUCAAGCAUGACAGAUGCAGCAGCCAUUAAUAUUACUCAUGAGAAUUCAGGAUUAACUGGGAAGCAGUUACAAGAAAGAAGGAAGGAUAGAGAGGUGAAGCGAGCCAGACAAAGAGAGAUCAACCAGAAAAAGCGUGAAGCAGAUAUUGUAAAACUCCUUAAUGAUCAUAAGGAAGAGGCAACCAUGUAUCAAAGUCAUGUGAAACCCAAGCUUGUAUGUGAAUCUUCACCUAAAUUAACAAAGUUUAGGAAACUACAAGAGCUUAAGAGCAACUUUAACAGAAACAGCCACCUCAGUAAAAAAUUGUAUGGCAGCAGGGAACCCAAGUCUGUACAUGGCUUUGUUUGUCAUAAGAAACCAGAACUGAAUAGAUAUUUCAAAAAUAGCAAAGAAGAGUGGAGGAAGAGCCAGCAACAUAACCAGAUUAGUUCACCUCUUAGUCAGCACUCUUCUGAAGAGAGAGGACAAUAUUGUGUUGAAACAAGUAUUGAAGACAACACAAGCCUACAAAUGGAAUUUUAUUACUUAAAGAAAUGUUUAGAUAACAAGAAUAAGGAAAAACACAGAACUGGUAUUGGAACAAAAGAAAAACAGGAACCAUCAAUGGAUGAGGUACAUUUCUCAACACUCCUGAAGGAGGAAGGCAUAACUGGAAAAUAUAUUCCUUCACACCCUAAACUUGUGGUAAGCAAGGAAGGUGAAGCCUCCAGUAGUGAAAGCAGAGACUCCAGUUUGCGACAUUCCCUUCCACUGAAUGCAACUUUCACCAUACCAUUAGAUCGCAUAUCUGAGGUAGCAUCAAAUCUAUCAGAGACUUCAUCACAGGAUCAUCAGGAAGGUGAUGGGGCCACAGUAUUGGUGUCUGCUGGGGAGGAUACCAGCACAGACUCUUCAUGGAAUGUACCUGAGGAGAUAAGAAAUCUGCUGUACAGCAGUCAGUGACUGUUGUGUGGCAUGUCACACAAUAAGACACUGCAAGACUGAAGGUUAACUGAUCUAGUGUAGUGCUUUAAAAGCAAAUUAUUUUCUUGUAUAAUUUUGUGUCUGUAAUACUUAUUUCAGGCCCUGCAAAGUAUAAUGUGGGAAGUCUCUUUUUUAAGUGUCAGAAGUUGUAUUGUAGUUAAUUGCAGAACCUAAUCAAAUGAGGCACUUAGGGUGAAUCCAGCAAAA